UGUUUGUCACCUUUCGUUGUUGUGAGCACUUUUGCUUCCCAAACGUAGACUCCCGUAAGUUUCGAUUCCAGCAGCAAUAAAUAGGCUGCAACUCACCUCUGUUGUUCAGUAGAUGCAGAGCUGAAGACAUGGCGCCCACACUGUUUGACGAUGAGGUAAAGCCAGGGGACCUGAUUGAAAUUUUCCGGAACUCAUUCCAGCACUGGGCUAUCUACAUCGGAGGAAAUGAAGUUGUUCAUUUAAUUCCUCCAAACGCAGAUAAUUAUUCAUCACCUUUCGCUAACCUAGCGGUUUGCCUGGACAGCACCGUAGCGGAGGUGAGGCGUCAGAAGAUAUGGGACGUGGUUAAAUCUGACAGUUACGAGGUCAACAACCUCAUGGAUGACGAGUACGAGCCUCGUGACCGCCGCACCAUCGUGAGGGAAGCGUGCAGGAUGGUGGGUGAGCAUCUGCCCUACAACGUGGUCAAUCACAACUGUGAGCAUUUCGUCACGGAGCUACGAUACGGCAAGUCAGAGUCUCGUCAGGUUAAAACAGCGGCUGCGGUGGCUGGCGUCGCUGCAGUAGGCGUAGGUGUAGCCGCCUUCGCAAUGUUGGGUGCUGCUCUGUUUUCAUCGCUCAAAGACGAGAAGAGAAGAAGACAUUAUGAUGAUGACUGACGGCAACAUUUUCUACGUUUAUA